AUGGUAACGCUUUAUUGUCUUUAUUUUAGGGUAAAAACGGUCUACCGCUCUGUUCAGAGAACAAGAAGCAUCUCCGUGACAGUCAUCUAUUGCUGUAGUGGAUGGAAGAAGGCUUACUCCAGUUCGAGAGAAUGUAGACGAGGUACAUUCAAGAGUUUGUGCUACAAUAGGGGGCAUUUCAAUGUCAUUGACCAAUAAGACGUGGCAUUAAUUAUUUCCUUCACAAUUUGUGAACAAAAUAGAAAAGAAUUAUAUGAAGGAACAUCAUCGCAGUAAUAUAAGGUAUCGCAGAGAUCAAGGGUUCGAUUCCCGUACAAGCCUGAAUUGUUUUUCAGGCUUUCUUUUUGCAACUGCAAAAGUUGCGUAUAUAACUGCGAUGAUCUUCCUUCAUAUAAUUCUUCACACCACAGUUCACAUAUAUGAUUUUCAUAUAUUCACUUCAAAAUACAAAAGAUUGUGCAGCGUCAAGGAGCUUCCAACAUGGUUGUUUUUAUCUUUGAUGUUUGCCGUCUUUUGCAACCAGUCUCCUCUCCUAACUAUGCUUUGCUUCAGCUCCCUCAGUUAUCGUUUUAUCCACUCUAAAUCACUCAUUCCACGUUAAGUGGGUAAAUCACCAUUAUUUUGUGUCCAUGGCAAUUUUUGGGGACUCAAUGGUUUUCCCAUAAUCAUUUCGCUGAAAAAUACUUAAAAUAUGCCCAAAUAAAUAGCGACAGUACCCAUUUGUGCUCCUGUUAAAAGACAGUAACUUUGAGGGAAUCAAGGCCGUAAGAGUCCAAAAAAUGCAAUUUUGCUAUGUCUAAGGAGAGGGUGUGUAUAGAAGCUUACGGUAUAUUUUUGCUGUCGCCUUUAUACUUCGGAAACUAAUCAAUCCAAUUUCUCGGGAGGGACCUAAUCUAAAGUCCUACAAAAUUAUUUCUCACUGCAGGUCAGUUUUGUUGCUUUUAACUACAGUGAACUGGUAUCCGCUAUUUUUAUGAAACUUCCGUUACGGAUCUGAGGGCAGAUCACAAAUGGCCCUUGAAAUGAAUAUCGCGAAUGAUUUACAUCGGGUAAAUAUUACUUAAUUUUGCUCUUUUCGACACGCAAUGCGUAAAAUGAAGAGCAAAAGCCUGUGGAAAGAAAUUGUAUCUCACAUACAAUAGCAGGAUUUAGGGUGAAGAGUUAAGAUUCUAACUUCCGUUACUCAGAUUACAGUGGGAAAAAAUGAAAAGUGAGUCGUGCUGAUUUUUGUGGUGACGGAGGAACUAGUGAGGAUUAUUAUGGACUAUGUUUUUUUUUCCGUGUUAUUAAUUUCACUUGAAGAUGUAACACAAAAGGUCGAAUUUUAACUUCCGUUACCAAGAAUUUGUCCGGUCUCUAUAACAUGGGAUAGGCGUCAGGUAAAUUUCGGGAAAUGCUGUCUCACGAUUACCUCAUUAAACAACUCAAGCCUGGAUGAUAUCUAGUGGAGAUUUCGAAAUAAGUAAUCCUCACACGUGUUCCACUGGUAAGACAUCUCUCUGUCAAGUCUCAUAAGGGAAUUUUAGCUGAGUUUGUGGUUCGCGGAGUUUUCUUGCAUAGUUUUAAGAAGUAUAUUUUCCCUUGAAACAUUUCUAGGCCGUUUAGGAAUAUAAGAAUAAUAUAUUCUUAACAAUACAAGAAUAUGAGAAAGGCAUUUUAUAUCAUUUUUUUUUUUUUGAAGUAACGGAGGUUACACAAAACAGGAAGUGAAUUAUCUUACGCCGUUUUUACUAGUUCAACCCUCUUUUCUGUGAAUGGACUUUGCAAUAUUCAUGUAUUACAAUUCUUGUAUGAAUUCUAACAUAUUGCCAUGAAUAUUGAUAUGUAUAUUUUUUUACUUUCAAUUCGAUGUAUUUUGCUUAUUUUCUUGUUUUCUGCCUCGUUCCAUCACACCCAAAAAUUCCAGAAAUUUCAUCCAAAAUUGUUUAGCAUUAAUUAAAUUCAAUAGAAUAAGUUAUAUGCAUUGUUAUUUAAGACGGUCUGUAAUCCCAAAAGUAAGUAGAAAUAUUACGUUCUUUCUGUAACUUCCGUUACCGAAACUUAUUAGCUUAUCACUCGUUUUCUACUAGAUCACACGUUUCCAAACUAUAUUACAGGUAAACGACACGUUCUUUCCUACACAUUUAGCAAAAUAAUGUUUAGCCUGACGGCCUUUUCAAAGAAAACUGGCAAUAAAAACAAACCAGCAAUUUUAAAUUCUUAAUCUUGCUACGUCAUACCAAAGUACACCAUGGCAGAACAACUUGACUUUUUCAUUCCUUGAGCUACUGACUUGACUGAACUGUAAAACUCAGACCUUAGGGUGCCAAUGAUUUCAUUUUAAACAUUUUACAGUAAACUAAAUUGAAAAAAAAAACAUAGAUAUAUUGCAACACUGUGCUGUUUCAAGCCAUACAAAAUAUCACAAGACAUGCUAUUAAAUAACAGGCUAUAACGUUUUAUAGAUAAAAGAUAUGUUAACCAAAUUUUGGUUUCUCAUCCUUCAAUAAUACAUCUUUGAGUUAAACUAACUACUUGUCAAAUUUGUUGAUCUUCGAUUUUUCAAAAAUCCUUGGCACAUUUUACCCACAUAAGGUGGAAUAGGUGAAAUAAAACCUAUAAAUCGGAAUCUUCAAACUCCACAGUAAAAUAUUCUCAAUAAAUGAAGGUCUAAGUGUCUACAGAAACCGUGGUUUUACGUUGGUGGGAAAGUGAAAAACAAAUCAUGAUUUCUGUUUUCUCAACUCAGUUGAUAAAGGUCAUUUACUGUCGUAAAAGAAAUGCUAACUUUGGAUAGCAAUAGCCCUUCGACAGGGCAGAGUACCCCUUCUAUACGGUCACCAACGGGCCGUAAUAACUGGGUGACCGUAUUAAUGAGCGUUUCUUUACAAUAAAAGGUAUGGCCAUUUUUGCCAGGCGGCCAAAAAAAGUGGCCGUAAUAACGAGGUGACCGUAUUACCGUGGUGGCGGUAAGGCGGGGCUCCACUGUAUUUACCUUCUAAGGGCUUGAAACUAGAAACUAAGGGCUUGAAACUCUUGAAACUAGCUGUGUGGUCGAAGAACUGAACCCUGAUGGACCUAGGAGCCGUGUAGCUGUCGGAUCGAGUGUGUAGAUCAUCGAAUUUUUAUACUUAAUUGAUGUCAAUGAAUACUUUUUUAGGUACAGAGCAGAGUAUUGAAUUUUAAAAUGUGAACAUGUGGUGAGAUAUGCUUCGAGAAGAGUAAAGAAUUAGAUGUUAAAACCGAACUUGAUUGUAUCACACACAAUUUGACACGACGCACCCCCUGGGAGGGGUAACCUUUAAAUCUGAGAUAUGCAAAUACGUGCCGCUGGGUGGGGUAUGGCUUUAAAUUGCUACUGUCCUCAGAGGGUUUUGUUUUUAUCGGAGGCAUCCUAGUUAUGUUGUGACAAGACAGAAUGAUCUAAGUUGUGAUAAAUAAUGAAUAUUAACAAACAGUUUGAAUUUAUAUUAUAAUUUUUUUUCCAUAUAUCAGCGAUAUGUUCUCAAGGAUGUCAUUCCAGUCACGGGAGCUGUGUUGCACCCGAUAACUGCCAGUGUCAAUCCGGUUGGACUGGUAACAACUGUGCUCAAGGU